CCGACGCAAGGACGCUGUUCUCCUCCUUUCCUCUCCUCUUCUCUCCUCUCCUCUCCGGAGCAACAGCAACCUGCCCCGGGGGAGAGGAACGAGGACCCGGUAUGCAGCCUGCAGACACACCGGGACGGGAUGUGAACUUUCUUUUGCUGAGAACUUUUAAUGAUUUCUUGAAGAAGAUGCGGGUUUUCCCCUGCGUGAUCGGUUAAAAUCAGCAGAGGAAGCGCGUCAGCAGCACAUCGAUUGGAAUCAGGAAUAUAAACAUAGAAACUUCUGUAGCAGAGAUUCACUGGGAAACUUUUUUUCUUUCUUCCUUUUUGGAGAUGGAGCCCGAGGAGGGGAAAGUCUCGGUGUGGGUCUGCCGAGAGGAGAAGCUGGUCUCCGGACUGACUAAACGAACCACCUGUGCCGACGUUGUGAGGGUUCUGCUGGAGGACCAGAACCUGCAGCAGGGCGCCGCAGCCGCGAUGCUGUCCGGCUCUCCGCAGUCCUACUGCGUGGUGGAGAAGUGGAGAGGCUUCGAGAGGAUUUUGCCCAACAAGACCAAGAUCCUGCGGCUGUGGAGCGCCUGGGGGGACGAGCAGGAGAACGUCCGGUUCGUCCUUGUGAAGAGCGAGGCGUCGCUGCCCAACAACGGGCCCCGCAGUGCCGAGGCGCGGGUCGUCCCGAGCCGGGACAGCGGCGGCCCGGGCGGGCUGCUCAAGGGCACCGCUAAGAGCUGCUGGGUCGCCGCCGCGGCUGCCGCCAACAUGUCCCAAGAGAAGCAGAGGCGCAUCGUCCGGAAGGCCUUCAGGAAGUUGGAUAAAAUGAACAGAAAGAAGGAGCAGACAGUGCCUAAGGAUAAAAGCUCAGUGGAGAAGAUGGAGACUUUGGUCCACCUGGUGAUCUCGCAGGACCACACUAUCCGGCAGCAGAUCCAGAGAAUCAAGGAGCUGGACCGGGAGAUCGAGCGGUACGAGGCCAAAGUGCACUUCGACCGCAUCAAGAGACACGGGGUGAACUACGUGCAGGACACGUACAUGGUGGAGUCCUCCGCGGAGGGCCCGGCUCCAUCUGCGGACGGGAAGCGCAAAGCGGAGCACCAGGACGUGCGCUGCACGGCGGAGGCGCUGGCGCAGUUCGAGGAGUACGCGCGCCGCUGCGAGGAGGUGGUGCGGCUGCAGGAGGAGGUGACGGAGCGGGAGGCGCUGGUGGAGAGCAUCACCGGGGAGAUCCAGGAGGAGCUGAACCGGCGCUGGAUGAGUCGGCGGCGGGACGAGGGAGCAUCGGAAGACGCACAGGACACCGACAGCACCGCGGAGGAGAUGAGCCUCUGCGAGCCCUCGGAUCCAGCUGUGGAGCCAGAUGUGGAGAGCCUGUCAGAAAACGAGCUCCUGCUGGAGGAGGAGAGGAUAAAAACCCAACUGGACACGAGUCUGUACAUCGGCCUGAGACUCAAGACGGACCUGGACGCCAUCAGAGGGGACUUGGACCUGGGUCUGGCACUCUGGGAAACCAAAGAGAGUGAACUGUUGGACCUGCUUGCCAAAGUUGAGACCAUGGAGCUGGAGCAGGCAAACAAACAACUGACUGAUGAUGAAAAGGAAGGACUGCCUGUGAGCAGUGCAGAGGCUGACCGGGGGUCAGUGGAACAGAGCACGGGUUGGGUGGAGCAGGCUCGGGGUCUGUCAAAAGCCAGCAGCAUCAAUGACGAGGAUUCAGACACGGGCUUGAGCUCGAUGCACAGCCAGGACUCCGACAACCCUCCCGUGUGUGAAUCACUGGUGUAAUGCACCUUUGUGUCACGGCAUCUUAGGUUUUUAUGCAAUUCAAUGAGACAAACUCAGUGGCAUUGAGAGAAAUCAGUCUUGGCUUCCCAAAAUAUAAACACCACAACUCUGUGUGACACUGAAACUCUACAGCAAUAAUCUCUGCAUAGUCACGGCACAAUAAGCUUAGACAGGAAAGCAUGUGUAGUAGAGGCUUGGUAAGAUGUGCAGCUCCAUAAGCUGAUCUCUGACCUCUGUCAUUGGUCAAACAACAUAAUUUAUUAGAAGUAGCCUGGAGGAGUGUUAUAACUAUUAACUUAUGAUCCAUUGUCCUGUAACAAAUGCUGAGAUAAACAUGAUCACAGUUCACAGUGUACUAAGUGCAUCUACAAUGGCGAUAAACUACAGCUUCAAUGUAAGAGUCAAAAUAGGCUGUGAUGUUUAUUUCAAGAUAUAUUGGCAUGUCAGCAGCAGAGGUGAUGAAAACAGAGAGAGCAGUCAUUUCAAAAUAAAAGUAAAAAAAAUAUAUCACCACUUGCUGUUUCAUAUUCUGAAUAGUCAAAACUUCGGAAAAACAAACUUGUAAGUUUCAUAAUUUGAAUAAAAACAUCAAUGUUUACAUAUCCUGCUAAGCAAAACUGAAGGUUUACGUAAAGUUUGUUUUUGUCUAUUUUCCUCUCAGUUACAGAUUAUUAUGGGAUAGAUAUGGGAUUCUCUUACAAUGCUCACCUGACUUAAAUUAUUUUACUUAAAGAAGAAAGUUUACCCUUCUGUUGUUCAAACAAGGCAUUUAAGUACCUUAGUGCUACACAUUUUGCCUCCAAAGCAUAGAUUUAGUAAAAACAGAUAAAUAAAACAACCUAAUAACCACCUGUUGGACUUGAAGGUAGUUUUUGCAAGCAGAAAUCCUAUCAAACUACCAAAGUUUACAUUCUUAUUGGCAUUGAGAAAGCUGAGAGCCUUUCUUUUAGCCAGCUCACUGGUUUUGGGCAGCAACAGGUGUUGGGGUUUUGAUACCACUCCAUGCUCCAUACAGCCAGAUAAAACUGCAGUGGUUCUGGCACUUUCUCUGGUCUCUCAAUAAAAAGACUUUGAAUCAGUUUUAAUGCUCCAGAGGGUUUGAAACAACUUUUCACAACCUUGACAAUGUCCCAUGUCUAAUCGUAAAUUUUAUUUAUUUAUUUUAUUAAUAUGCCUCUUUUACUGGUCCACUGUCUAAAAAUUAAACAUUUAUUUUUUGACACAGUAUGCCAAAAAACCUUUCACUCUUAAAAAUAAAAAGCAAGAAUUGAAUCCAGCAUAUUUUAUAGCUAAAUGUCUGUGUCUUAAAUCAUCUUAAUCUGAAAACAAAGAAGGCGUCUCCUUGCUUUUAUUUUCACCAUUAAAGUUAUACAGGAAACAAAAGGAACAGAAUUUCAUCAAAAGGUAAAAGAAAACUAGUGAUGAUCGAUAUUCAGAACAAUUAUUUCAAUGAUGUUAUACAAAAGUGUUUAAAAACAUUUAUGUUCAGUUAGAGUUUGGAAUUGGGACAUUUUUCUUUAUUUGGGACAUUUUCAGCUCUGAUUGGUGACUGGCGGGUCAAUUAACAAGUCAGAUUAAUUUCCCUGGUCAUUAAAUGCAUCCAAAACUAUUUGGCUAAUAAAAGCUAAACACUUAUUAGAUUAAGACAUGAAACUAGACAGGUAAGGAGUACAAAAAGUGGGUUUGAUUAUAUUCUAAAGCAUAACUGAAGGAUAUGAGAUAAAAGUAGAAAAACAGACAAAACAGCAAAAGCAUGCAACAAUCGUAACAAUUGCUUACAUUAGUUCAUUAUUACCAUCACAGAAUUAAUAUUUUUGUAAUUCUUAACUUGUUUUCCCCACAUUUCUCCCAUCACUGCAGUCAAUAAUGGUCUCAUAAAUAGGUUCACCAUGGUUAAGAGUUGAUCUGGUCAUUUUUAUAUUAAUUGUAAAAGUUCAGUCCAGCUACAUUGCAAAUUGCCUCUAACCAUUCAUGACUAGCAAAAGAAAAGGUUUAAAAUGAAACAGACUGCGAGUGAUUGAAGCAGAGAUCUCACAUUUAGCCCCCGUUAAGAUCCACAAUCUGUGGAUCCUACAUUUCACUCUUCUGUUAGAUAAGACCUUCGAUCAGAAGCUCCUCUGCCUAACCUCUUAAAUCCCACAUGUCACAGUUUGUCGGAUCGACUUUAGGUCCCUCCGAUGACGUCAUCAGGCCGCUCUAAUGGAGUCAGGAAACAUCGUACACCUAUUUUUUGUUCCUGACUGGUAUUAGCUCUCUGACGUUGAAUCUGUUUUAAAUCUCUGUUUGGAUUAUUGCUGUAACAUCAGUUUGGUUGCUCUGAAGGGCUUUGUUUCCAUGUAAAGCUUCUUACUCAACUAUAAUCAAUGUGGGCCAAGAAGGAAAGGCUUGUUUUUAUAUCAAGGUUCAGGUCAAAGAAUUGUUGCUCCUUUGUCAUAGAAAUGUUGUGCAAUGCAUAGUGAGACAGCAUGUCUCCACGCUCGUUAUCUAGUGUGUCGUAAACAGAUCCAUGUGAACAUUUUGGGAAAUCUUGCAUUCAUUUAGAGCAGACUGACACGACUAAAACUGUUACACUGACUUACAGGAGCAACGCUGUAUCUGAAUCUUUGCACCGCUGCACGUGCAAGACCUUCUGCGGGUACAAACACCUGUAACAGAAUUGGACUUUGAGAUGCUUUUUGGAACAGACCCAUUUAGUCAUCCUGCAGUCGCUGCAUGUCUGAACGCUGUGACAUUAAGGAGAACUAUUUCCAGCCUCGGUUCCCUUUUUUCUUUUUCUUUCUUUUUACCCUGAAAAUAGUUGCUGCAGAGAAGUGUUCGCUGUGCUUUCCAGCCGAGCUGGCUCCUCUGAGACCUGCACAGACAGCAAGCAUCGCAGCAGAAGUGAUUCAUCACUUUAAGGUCUUCCUUCAGUAAAAAAAAAAAAAAAAAAAAAAAUACAUAAUUUACUUUGUUUGUCGUCAGGAUGUUGUGUUGUCAAGCUUACAUGUCUGACUCUGUCCAAGUGUAAAUGUGAGCAAUAUAAUCUUUGUCACACUUAGAUAAAAAAAAAGAAGAUGAUACUGUUCCUGUGGACUUACCAAAAAUGAGCUAAUUUAUGUCUCUUGAGCAGGGACUCUGUAGGCCUCUCACUGACAUUCAGACUUCUUUUUCUAUAUAUUUGGCACCUAGUUUAGUAACUCUGGACUGAAAAAAACAAACAAAUUCACUGUGGAGGAAAGAUAUCAUCACUCAGCUGUUAGAGUUGAAAUAAACGGCAACGUCUGAA